AUGGAUUGGAGUUUGUGUGCUCUGUGCCAACUCGAUGGCAAUAAUCUCAUUGUACCAUCUGCAAAUUUGAAUCCAGCUGUAUGUGGAUACUCUGCAUUAGCAAGGAACAUAGAUGCAUUUAUUAAUGAAGGUCUUCCAUUACCAAAUAAGAUAAAUGUUGCUGUAGUAGAUCUGAAAGGGGAUACAAAUAUUGCUGAUAACCUAAAAGCCAAUAAAGCUCGGUGGCAUAAAAGAUGCCUGACAGAAUUAGCACCUUCAAAGCUCAAGCGUGCAUUAGAUUCAGCUGCUAAUAAAAAACGUAAAAAAACACUUUCUGAGGAUAUACCAUCUUCUAAAAGAACACGUUCCAGCAUAGACACAAGUACACAGUUAAAAUCUUGCCUGUGUCUUUUUUGCAACGAACCAGGUGUAUUCAGAGCCGAAUAUGCCAAGACGAAACAUCCAAAUGUGCACAAACGAAUGAGUAAAGUUCGUACUGAUAACUGUGAUGAUUUU